CCAGAACGAGGCUCCAGUCGAAGGCGGCAAGAUAUGCACUUUUCUCCCGAAACUUAUUCAGGUUUUUCCCGAGACUGUGGAUAUCUUUUCCUCCGUAUUUUGUUUUCUAUUCAUCGCCAUUUUAACCCGCUUGGAUUACCACUCUACGUUUUUUAAGGAAUACCUUGUUUUGUCCAUAUAAAAGGGAUUUCCUGCAAAUCGGGUUCCUAUGCUCCUCCCUGAAGCUGCUGAGUGUGCUGGGCUGCAGAAGUGGAUCCUCUGAUACCUGGUUCUGGUUCUGCUGGUUCUACUGCUGGUGGAGGCGGGGGUCAGAGGGCCCAGUGGGGGGGCCGGUCCUGAUCAAGCCUCUUGAAGAUGAACAGACUGAGCUUCCACAACAACAGAACCAUGCAGGACCGCCGCUGCGUCUGUGUCUUUUUGCCCAACGACGACACGCUCAACGUCAUCGUCAACGUGAAGACUGUGUGUCAGGAGCUGCUGGUGCAGGUGUGUGAUCUGCUGAGGCUGAAGGACUGCCACCUGUUCGGACUCAGCGUCAUUCAGAAUAAUGAACACAUCUACAUGGAGCUGGAUCAGAAGCUCUCUAAGUAUUGUCCUAAAGAGUGGAAGAGGGAGGCCAGCAAGGGCAUCGACCAGUUUGGGCCUCCGAUGAUAAUCCACUUCAGAGCUCAGUAUUACGUGGAGAAUGGGAGACUGAUCAGCGACCGUUCUGCCCGAUAUUAUUACUACUGGCACCUGAGGAAGCAGGUGCUGCAGUCGGAGUGUCUGCAGAGGGAGGAGGCGUACUUCCUGCUCGCUGCCUUCGCCCUGCAGGCCGACCUCGGGAACUUCAAAAGGAACAAACACUUCGGGAAGUACUUUGAACCAGAGGCCUACUUCCCCCCCUGGGUGAUUUCAAAGCGAGGUCGUGAGUACAUCCUGCGUCACAUCCCCAACAUGCACAAAGACCAGUUCGCUCUGACGGCAUCUGAAGCUCACCUGAAAUACAUCAAGGAGUCGGCUCACCUGGACGACGUCACCGUGCACUACUACCGCCUCUACAAGGAUAAGAAGGAGGUGGAGGCGUCUCUGACUUUAGGACUGACUCUACGAGGCAUCCAGAUAUUUCAGAACGUGGGCUCGGUGCGGCAGCUGCUGUACGAUUUCCCCUGGACCAACGUGGGGAAGCUGGUGUUUGUGGGUAAGAAGUUUGAGAUCCUCCCUGACGGCCUCCCGUCGGCUCGUAAGCUGAUGUACUACACUGGAUGUCCGAUUCGAUCCCGGCAUCUCCUGCAGUUGCUGAGCAACAGCCACCGGCUCUACAUGAACCUGCAGCCGGUGCUCAAACAGGUGCGCCGCCUCGAGGAGAACGAAGAUAAGAAGCAGUACCGGGAGUCGUACAUCAGCGACGCUCUGGACCUGGACAUGGAUCAGAUGGAUAAACGCUCGCGGGCCAGCGGCAGCAGCGCCGGCAGCAUGAAGCACCACAAACGCCUCCACCGAAGCUCCACCACGAGUCACGGCAGCUCGCAGACCUCCGGCAUCGAGGCGGACAGCUUCAGGGCCGGGGGGCAGGACAGCUGCAGGGCGGGGGGGCAGCACCGACCCCUUCGGACCUGCAGCUCCUCCACAACGAGCCACGGCAGCUCCAACACCUCCGGUAUCGAGAGCGGCGGCAAGGAGCGCCUGGACGACGACGAGAUUGAGAUGCUGGUGGACGACCCCAAAGAUUACGAGGAGCUUGACGAGUCGGCUCUGGAUCAGGAGCUGUGUAUCCACAUCACUGAGGACAUGUUGACCAUGUCUCCAGAUCACACCAACGGGUACUCAGGUCUGAUAGUGAAGGAAGUGAGCUCGUCGACCUCCAGCUCUUCAGAGACCGUCGUCAAGAUGAGAGGACAGAGCAUCGAGUCUCUGCCGCAGACGUCCUCCUGCAGGAAGCCCCCCUCCUCCUCCUCGGACCGUCACUCCCAGUCUCUGGACGACGUGCGGCUGCAUCAGAAGGAGAUGCUGCAGUGGGCGGAGCUAUGCCAAGACUCCGCCCACAGUUACACCUUUGGCUGCGCCCAGGAGCUCAGUGAUGGUGGCGGGGGGGUCGGGGGCGGAGCCUAUCAGGGCCUGGCCGAGCAGAGAGCCGGUCUGAUGGCGGGGGAACAACAACAACAACAACAAGAACAAGAGAACCCCUUCCCCAUCAAGAGGACCAACAAGUACUUCAGCCUGGACCUCAGCAACGAGGAGGUGCCCGAGUUCGUGGUGUGAGGAAAACAUGGAGGACUGAGAAACAAACAUGGAGGCCGAGAGGAGACGUCUUUAAUAAACUGACAAAAAGAUGGCGUUCCCUUCAGGAGUAACAAACAAACAUGGAGGCGGAAAGAGAUCUUAAAGAUGUCUCUAACCGGAGCUGAAGGGAUCUUCUCUUAAAACACUUUUGUAUUCAACUCUGUCUCCUCUGAACUGAACCACAUCGUCUGUUUCUGGUGUUUCCAGAGGAGCGUUUCCAGGACAAAAAGACAAAAGAAUAACCACGGAAAACAAACAAAGAUGGAGGCAGAAAGAGACGUCUUUACCCGGAGCGGCUCCCUGCGAGAGGUUCUAAAGGGAUCUGAUUUUAAAAAACAUUUGUAUUGAAAUCUGUCUCCUCCAAACUGGUUUUAACGACAACAGAGUUCCACAGAGCGUCUGUUUCUGUUGUUCAAGGA